AUGGCUCCUACAGCGAGCACCAACGGAUAUCGGGGCAUGUAUUUGCCCGCCGAUGGCAGCACUGAUCCAGAGCUCGCCCGGCAUGAAGUGCGCCCAGAAGUCAAUAAUCCAUCCCCGGACGACGUGAAAAUCCUUGAACAACUCUACGGGACUCGCAAGAAGAUGCGCAUUGCUGUACUCGGCGCUGGAGUGUCGGGCUUGAACUUCUUCAAGUUUGCUGAGGACAAGUUGAAGAAUGUCGAAAUCAUCUGCUACGAAAAGAAUGCCGACAUUGGAGGAACCUGGUACGAAAAUCGCUAUCCAGGUUGUGCCUGUGAUAUACCCAGUGUAGUAUACCAAUUCCCCUGGCGCCCUGCACCUUGGUCGAAGUACUAUUCUUACUCUCCCGAGAUUUGGGAAUACCUCAAGAAAGUUGAGGAGGAGAACCACUUUCUGGAAAAAUACGUCAAGCUUCGACAUCGCAUUAUUUCGCUGUCUUGGGACGAUGAGAUUGCUCAGUGGGCUAUCCGCGUCCAGGACCUUGAGACCGGUCGAGAAUUUGAAGAUCAUGCAGAUGUUGUUCUUGACGGUGGUGGAAUCCUCAACAAUUGGAAAUGGCCUGACAUCCCAGGUCUCCAUGAUUUUAAGGGAACUCUCCUUCAUUCCGCUCAGUGGAGCCAGGACACGGAUCUCGCCGGCAAAAGAGUUGCCCUUCUAGGUGCCGGAAGCAGUGCGGUCCAGAUAUUGCCCAAUAUCUACGAGCAAGUCGAUAAGGUAUAUACAUGGAUUCGAUCCAAGAUCUGGAUCACCGCCGGGUUCGCCCAGAACUUUGCCGGGAAAGACGGGGCCAAUUUCAUCUACAAUGAAGAACAACGCAAGCUCUUUGAGGAUCCCGACGAGUUUUUGGCCUACUGUAAGCUGAUUGAAGGAGAGCUUAAUCAGAGAUUCAGCUUCAUCAUCAAUGGAUCUCCAUCCCAGAAGGCGGCGCGCGAGUUUUCCGAGAGCGAGAUGAGGGCUCACUUGAAAGACCGACCAGACCUCCUGGAGAAAAUCAUGCCUACAGAUUUCUAUGUUGGCUGCCGCCGGCCCACUCCCGGCAAUGGAUAUCUCCAGACCCUGACUGGAGAAAAGACACAGGCCUACACUUCACAGCUUGAGCGCGUCACGGAGAAGGGAUUCAUCGAUCCGGACGGCAAUGAACAGGAAGUGGACGUCAUCAUAUGUGCGACCGGUUUCGACACCUCGUACAAACCACGAUUCCCUCUAAUUGUCAACGGUUCGGACAAACGGGAUGGAUGGAGAGACCAUCCUCACGUACCAUCCUACCUCAGCGUUGCACUGGCGGGGGUACCCAACUACUUCGUGAACGGAAGCGCCUAUUGUCCCUCGGCACAUGGAUCCUUCUUCCCGCUCGUCCAAGGGUAUUGCAACUACACGAUUCAGGUAAUCGAACGGAUGCAGACCGAGAACAUCCGCUCGCUGAGACCCAAGGAAAAGGUGGUGGAACAGUUCAUACGACACGCCGACUCGUUUCUGAAAAGGACGGCAUGGACCGGCCCAUGUUCAAGCUGGUUUAAAGGCGGCAAGGUCGACGGCAAACCGGCCAUAUGGCCAGGAUCUCGACUGCACUUUCUCCGAAGCCUGGAACGACCACGGUUUGAAGACUUUGAAAUAGACUACGAUGAUCCAGACGACAUGUUCAGCUUCUUCGGCAACGGCUUCCAUGUCUGCGAGAGAGAUGGCAGUGACAUUACGUGGUAUCUGGGCCAGCCAAAGAAGGAAGUGGAUAUCGAGAAGGUCAAACGAGUAAUGGAUGGAUUGAACGGGAUCGAGCUGAGGAGACCGUGGGAGUAG